AGAAUUAGGAAAAGAAUAUAGAGAACAGAAAGAGAAGGAAAAAGAAGUUUUUAAUGAGGUGAGGAUGAUUGUCAUUAUGCAAAAAUGUUUAUUUUCCCGAUUAUAUAAAGAAGUAAAACCCUCUAUAAUUUUUCCGAGCUUCGUUAUAUGUAUUUACUGUACAUAUUACAAUACAUCGUACACCCGCGGAUUUCUUUAAAAGUAUUAUGAUAGGAUCUUAUGAAAUAACAUGUAUAUAACGCGUGCUCUAAUUGGUCAAAACCCGUGUUUGGAUCAUACCAUCCAAACACGGAAAUUUAAAGUGAAAGUUUUUUAAAGUGAAAUUUUAACACGGAAAGUUUAACUUGGGGAUGUAAAUUUGCUCAAGUUAAGAAAAGCGCGCAAAAUCACUCGCCUUCGGCUCGUGUUUCGCGCGCUUUUCUUAACUCUCGCAACAUUCCCGCGUGUUUGGAUCAGGCCAUCCAAACACGGAAACCAUAAAGUAAUUGUAUAAUAGACGCGCAAAUUGCCCGGUGCUGCUUUCUACUGGGAACCCUAAUAACCUCUGGUAUGCCCUGCAUGGGUCCGCGAAUUGAUGCUAUGGCCUCUCUAUAUUUAAGAUUUCGUAUCUACAUCACUGAAUGAUGUAUCCAGAUGACGUUUACAAAGCCAGAUGAUAUAAUCCAUGAUUUUAUUUCCAGGGUGUUUCAAUUCGUGAAGAACUAUCGAAGCAAGGAAAGUCUAAGAAAGAACAACGAUUGGUAAGACGUUUACCCUUUAUCUUGUCGUGAUUCUAUUGUAAUAUAGUGAAUAGAAUAUUUUCAAAUGCAGUUUGGAACAGGGUCUUAGCUAGGAUUUUAGAUCUUUGACAUGUUUCUAAAUGACCAAGGUGUGCACAUGUCAAUUACCUUGAAUAGCCAGAUUCACGGUUCUGGUUAUGGCUCACCAACAACAGACAAUGCCAUGUGGUUGUUCUAUGCUUUGGAAUACAAGGGGAGCAUACGCUCAUAUUGCGCACUGACAUUAAAAUAUUAAGUUAUUUCAGCAACUCUUGGGGGUAUUUAAAACCAUUUUACAGUAACACCAUAUCCAUGCAUCAAAACAUUAAAACAUCACGGAUCGGUUUUGCCAAUUUCAACAACUACAGAGUACAGUAGAUUUUACAAACUUUCUUACGGCGUAAAUUUGAAGAAAUUCUGUCUGUUGUAAGUAGCACCACCUUAUUUUAUGAACCUACACGGCCUUAUAUAAGUAAUGAAGCCGCGUUCAUUUUAUCUAGCCGUGUUUUUCCAUUUUUGGCCGCGAUAACACGACCAACACAGCCCUCUAACUAAGACUCUGGUUUGGAAUUGAGAAUUAAAACAUCAGAUUUCUAAUUUUCCAUUUCCGGUGUAAAAAGUAUGAUUUAUGUACUAAAAUGGCUAAAAAGCGCGAUUUAGUAGCGGCGAUGUCAAUUUCACAAUACUUUUCCCCAUUAUUCUUGCUGCACUCGUCUUGCCAGAAACAUGGUGGCCGUCGACUUCUGGUGCGAGGCGGCGCGUUAAAAAACAUCAAAGGAAUGGCCUUCUGUUUAAUCCCUAUUCUGUGGUACAAUGAAAUUGUUCUGCUCUUCGCAGAUACGAUGCGACUUUUUUCUUGCGAUGGGAAAUUUUUCUUGUAUACUGUAUAGUAUUAAUAUAUUGGAAGUGAAAUAAGCGUGUACACUGGUCGCAAUUUAGGCAUGCAUGCAUACAUUACUGGUCGUACAUGCAGUGUGACUACAGUAUAUUACCUAGAUUUAAUGGAUGAUUGGAUCCAAAUAUUCUUGCGAUGCUUGUUUGUUUGAGAUUAUUUCCAACGGAACUAAAAGGGAACUUAAAAUUGGUGCGAAUAGGCAUUACUGCAUGCGUACGUUAUGUUAGCUAAUUAAAACAGUCAAAUAGACGAUUUAAAAAUGAGCAUUUAAAUCGUUCAGUUUUGAUCAUAGGUAUAGGGUGAAUGAAUGUUUUCUUUCUCUUAAAGUUCUGGAUCUCCUUUCUGGGAGUAGAUUAUAUAAAACAUGAUCCGGAUCCUUCACAAUUUUUGCAAAUAAUGAUACUGUAGUUGUGGAUUUUUUAUUUCUCCAGGGUGAAGUUGCUGAUUUGCAGAAGCAAGCUGAUGAAAAGAAAGAGCUCUCUGAAAGUCUUAAAGGUUCGUACAAAACCGCCUUCUCACAGUGUAAGGGACCAAUCUGUUAAUCAUGUCUCUCUAUCUUGUCGCGUCUAUCCUUAUCAGUGCAAUUUUUCUACCCAACCUCUGACUGAAAUGCACGCUUUCCAUUAAAGUGCAUAUGACAUGAAAUUUCUUAUUUUCUUGAAUGAAAGAACUCUUUAAGCUAUAGUGUAAAUUAUUUUUCAGUUUCUUGUUUUAAUGGUUUGUUCCCGAGAUAUUUCAAUUUGUUUGAUAUGUAAAUGAGUGUGAAUAUAUCCGCUAAUUUAUGACGUCAUACGUACAUACAUACGUCAUACAUACAUUCAAACUUCACUCACUGGUAAGUGUGAUGAAACACUUGAGAAAAACGUGAACUGAUAUCUACGGUUUUUAGAGUUGAUAGAUUUAUAACCAGUGUAAGUUGAGCUUGCAAGUUGCAACCAACAUGACGUCAUAAAUUAGCGGACAUAUUCACACUCAUUUACAUAUCAAAUAAAUUGAAAUAUCUCGGGAACAAAUCAUAAAAACAAGAAACUGAAAAAUAAGUUACACUACAGCUUAAAAAGUUCUUUCAUUUAAGAAAAUAAGAAAUUUCAUGUCACAUACACUUUAAUGAUUAAAAGAGUUAUUAUGCAGUUCAGUUCCUACUGCGGCAAAGCUAUGCCCUCUCCGUUAACGUUAGUUUAACAUUAAAAAUCGUAAGUUGGUAAGAAUAUAAUUUUAAAGUCGCGGUAGUUUACUGUAAUUCGGACAGACACCAAGCAAUUUGAAUGCAUGUAAUUAAUGUAUGGGACUAAAAGCUAGAAAAUGGGAAUAUGGUAUUCCAAUAUGUUGACACUUGUUUUCCUUAAUUUAUUACGAACUCUUUGUAGCUCACAAGGAGGACGUUGAGAAAUUAGAAAGUGAAGCUAAAGAAAAACACGACAAGGAGUGGGAAGGUAAAUCAAUGUCUUGCAGGAAUCUGUAAAUAUGUUACUGCUUGAAAAGAGUACUAACAUGAUCGCAUGACUCUGUGGAUUUUACAUAUUUUAGUAAGAAGUUCACCUUGUGGACUGUAUAGAAACCAAUAACAUGGACCUACUGUAUUGCUUUAUUUUUUAAUUAUACUAUAUGUACGGGAUGGGAGUGCGAUAUAGCAAAAAUCCAAGACAAGACGUUGACCAUUAAGUUCCUAUGUUAGAUAGGCUCCACGUUUUACAGGGGUCAUCUCAGUUAGCACUGCAUGAUAGUUUUGCUGUGUGAUAGUUUUAAGGGCGGUUGGUAACUACUGAUAUAUCGAUCCGUUGGACGGUCUAGAUCGAUCCGUUGGACGGACAAUGAGACAGUUAAGGCCGUUUUCUACUUCAAGCGUGCCGUACCGAAACGUAUCAAAAACAUUUUUAAAGUUCAAAAUAUAGAGAAUGUUGAUUGGUUAAUACGUCCGUAGUACGCCAAAAAGUUGACUGACCACGAACUUGUUAUUUUGAUACGCGAAUACACCGAAAGUACGUGGAUUUAUCAACCUCUUUUCAAUCUGCGCAUGCUCGCCGGUACGUUACGGUACGAUACGGGCGAAGUGGAAAACGGCCUUUACACCUCGUUGUCCGUAUUACAGAAGGUCAGUAUAAUAGAGGUUUUCUUAAAUAUGUGUGAAUUUUGUUUGGACAGAGGAAACUGUCCGUAUUACCGGUAGAACAAGUUAGCAAGUCUUGCCUUAUUUCUUCUUUAGAACACCUUAACAAAUUAAAGGCCGAGAGGGAUCAGGAACGGGCAAAUGACGCUUUCGAGUCUCUCGAUAGUGAUGAAAGUGGCAGGUAUUAUGCUCUAUAUUGUACCGUUACUUGACCAUGGGUGAUUGAAAUUUGGAAAAUAAAUUCAGAGUCCCACAAUUCAGGAUUUUUCAUUGUACCUCACGGUGGUCCAACGACCAUCGCUGUCGAGCCCAAACUUACUAAGUUGGAACCAACUUAGGACUCAAGGUGUACAGUACUUAAUGUUAAAGUUUAAAAUAAGGUACACACACAAAGCACAGUUAAGGUUUCAUUUAGUAACUCACAGUACGUUAGAACUAGGAAAAACCAGGCGGAAUAUUACUCGAUAUUUUUACUCCUACUAUACGAUUAAUUGUGAAGUAAAAAAUAUGAAGUAAAAUUUACUCGGUUAUUUUGAUUAUGAGUAAAAUUUACUCCGUUAUUCUGUUUGUGAGUAAAAUUUACUCCGUUAUAUAAUUUUACUCCUUUAAGUGGAGUUAAAUUGACCCUCAGUGGAGUAUAUGUUCGAAUGCAUAUAUGGAAGACGUAGGCCGAGUAAAUUUAACUUCAAAAUUUUCACUCCCAAUUUUUAAUUCUCAGUGGAGUUGAAAUAACUCCUUGAAAUUAACAGUGAACACUCAACUAAAUGACCACUAAAAGUUGGUUAUAAUAACUUAUAUAAAUUGGUCGAAAGAUGACCAAUUUUUUCGACCAAUUUGCCAGUAAAGGAACCAAAUUUAAUUGGUCAAAUGCGACUAACUAAUUAAACAAUUGGUCAAAAUGACCAAUUGCCAAUGGUUGCAACCUAAAAAAUUGGUCAUUUUAACCAAUCAGUUUUUACAGUGUAGUAUAAUUGAAUAUACAAAAAAAUACAAUUGACUCCAAUUCAACAUGCCUUAUUUCCAUGUUGUUCCAUCAUGCUUCAUAACGCUAUAUAAACUAAACUGCACUUUAUUGAACACCUUGGAAUGAUUGCUUGUCAUGUAUAGGGUACCAGUAAAAUGUAAGUACAAGGAUUGGGAGAGUCCAGCAUACCUACAGUAGUACGUGGUACUUGACUAAAAACAAUGACGGACCAGAUCGAAAUAUUGUGUACCGCACCUUAAGAAAGUUCCCCAAAUUGUCGCACACUGAAAUUUUAUUUUGGAAAUCUUAUUACAUUCUCAUUUUGGAAAAACAUUUAGUAUGCACCCCCUAAAUAUUAAUACUAAUGAAUUUGAAAACCUAAAUAUGAAUUUAUGGACUUGGAGUUAUUCACCCUUACCUUGCAAUGAAAUGAUUGAUGAAAGCAUUGGUUCUCCAUGUCAAUGGAGAACCGAUUCCGAUAACUGUUUUGUUUAUUGUUUAAAAGAUGUCAAGUUUUAUUUCUUCCUUACUCCUGUGAUUUUUUAACAUAAUGGCGGUCAUUUUGACCAUUCGCAAUAAUUUAUCAUCUUUAUUUUGAAAUAGUCGCAAAUUACUUCACUGCCCUUCGUUUCCCCCUGGCCGCUGGUUACUUCAGAUCAUUGAAUGGCCGAAGGAUUAGUCAUAUUGUUUACCCUUGCACUUGGUGCAUGGUCCAAAUCCGAACCUUUCCAUUGAGAGCAUCGUUAUACAUAUUGCAACCGGUUGCUUUAAUCAUGCAAUAGUUAUUUUAGUGUUGGAUCAUUGAAGACACAACUUAGUUGCAUGCCAUUGAGAGUUGAUAUCACUUGCUGUUGGCCGUGAGGCAAUCAGACAUCGUGAUUUCUUUGAAAUAAUUAUAUUAUUUAUUUUUACCUAUCAGUAUCUCGAUUAAAGAACUGCAAGUUGCUACAACUCUUGAUAAAACGUACACUGAGGACGAAGCAAAGGUAAAUAAACAGUACAGUCUUAUACAGUAUCUCCUUCUUUCUGGAUGUACAGGGUGUCUCAAAAAAACGCUAUGGAAAUUCAACCGGCUAUUGUGCAUCACAAACUUAACUAAACAAUUCAAUUUUUACAUAGGACGAAAGAGCUGCUAUUUAGCUUUUCUAUGAUAUAUUUCGUAGACCGUAACGAUGAGAAAUGGCCACCCUACUCGUCAAAUAAAAAUUUUUGGUCGAAAUCACAUUAUUCCACCGUUGGGAAUUGAAAAUACAUUAAUUAUGCAAAAUUAAUCAAUCCAAAAGCACCGCGAGUCUGCUGCAAGAUACUUCGUAAAACGUUUUGAUUACGAAUGUUCUCUGUUCAGGGGUUAAUUGAACCAUGUUUAAUGCAAUAAUAUAGACGUUCUCACUGAGACGAAGAUUGACGAGUUGAGCUCAUUUUAGAUAAUUUAACAUGCGAUUUAAUUCCCUCUUGGGAAUUGUUAAUAUGUUUCGUUUUCCAUGCAAUUCCCAACGGUGGAAGAAUGUAAUUUCGACCGGCAAUUUUUAUUUGGCGAGUAUGUGGCCAUUUCUCAUCGUUACGAUUUGAAAAGAGUAUCAUUGAAAAGCUAAAUAACUGUUCUUUCAUCCUAUGUAAAAAUUGAAUUGUUUAGCCACGUUUAUGAUACACGACAGCCUGUUGAAUUUCCAUAGCGUUUUUUUUAGACACCCCGUAAACAAAAUGGUUGACUCGAUGAGUAGACCAGGUCUUGCAAAACGCCUAUUUACUAGUUAUACGUUGCUCACACGUUUUGUAUUGUUUUAUGCAAAAGGAAUUAAUCGGCGGUGAAGAUUCCGUUGAUAAAGGGAGCUUUGUAACACAGUUAUGGGAUAGCACAUUUAGAGAUAUAUUUAACAAAACCAAGGUUAGUAUUAAAGAAUAGGGAUUUUACGCCUACUAAGUAAAAGCUAGUUUUAUCGAGAAGUAACUUUACCUGUCUGAAAUUUUAUCGGCAGCCUUCACGUUUAUAGGUAUACCUCCCAACAGAAACAAAUGACCCAUUGUUGCCCCCAAAUGCCUAAUUUUAUCCUUACCCCGACUUCCUUUGCUCUACAAACUGGUCAUACAGUAUUCCGAUCUUAUUCCCCUGCUUCAAAACCCCCCUUUUGUUCACCACCAUUCCAUUGCCCAUAUCUUUCCCUCACAUUUAUUUCUUUAUUACAGUUCGUUACUGUUGCUUUGACCUUCCUUCAUGUAGGGAUGAACCGGAGCCUCUCUCCUGUUUCCUAUUUCCCGGGUAGAAUCAGGUCUGCUCGAAACUGGAAUAGAAUUUUGGAACCGGAACUACUUUACUUUAACAAUAAAUACGGGGCUAAAUAUGGUCAGCAGAGAGGUUCAAUUCUCACUACCACUACCUCUCACUGACUCAGUACGCAUGUGAUUGGUUUAUGGUAGCGAUAGUAAAAGUCAAAUCAGAACCUGUGUACUGUACUAUCUGUAACUACUACAUCUGACUCAUGACAGAAAGGUUGUACUUCCAAAAAGGUCGACCAAAUCGGUGGGCAUAUUGUGCACACUAUAUACUAUAAUGUUUGGUAUAAUUUUUGCCAUUUUGCUUGAACGUACUUCUUAAGUGAGUUCUGGCCGGAACCAAAUUUGGAAUAAUUAUGUACGUCCCUACCUUCCCUUGUUCACCCUUCCAGUUCCCACCGAUUAUAUACUAUUGUACCCAACUGUAUGUUUUAUACAUUAGCCACCGUUGGAAAAACCAGACGAAGAUCAUUCAGAGGAAGGAGCACCAACUGAUGUUCCUCCACCAAUAGAGAAGCCGGAGGAACAUAUGGAAGGUGAUGAUGGUGAAGAUGAAAAAGAUCUCGAUAGUGUAACUGGACUAGAUGAACAUGAGGAUGACGAGGAAGAUGAAGAAGAUGACGAAGAAGACGAGAAAGAAGAUGAAGAAGGAAUGUCUCCACCUGCAACUGGUAUAAAAAUAUUAUAUUAAUGUUUUUUGCAGCGUCCAUAGUUUGCCCCUACCUUACCUUGCCUAACAGUACUACCUUGCCUUGCCUUGCCUUGCCUUGUCUUGUCUUGCCUUGUCUUGCCUUGCCUUGUCUUGCCUUGCUCGCCAUACCUUACCUCACCUUUCCUUGGCUUAUCUUAUCUUAUCUUACCUUACCUUACACCUGUACUUUACACUUGCACUUUACAUCUGUACCUUACAGUACCUUACCUUACACCUGUACCUUAUACCUUACCUGACCUUACCAUAUACCUAACCAUAUACCUUACCAUAUACUUAUAAGUAAUAGCAUGGCAUUCAGGUCGAUUAGUGAUUAAAUGUACCCGAAAGCCGAGAGAGGUUUAGUAAAAGGACUUUUACUAAACCUCUUGAGGCUUGAGGGACAUUUCAUCACUAAUCGACCGUAAUGCCAUGCUAUUACUUUGUAAUAUCAUAGUUGCCGAGGGAAUCGCGCGUGGCGUGUUGCCUGUUUUGAAUGCUGUUUGAUUGUUUUAUGAUUGUGGUAUGAACACUUUUCAUAUAUACGCACGCGCAGAAACACAUCUCCGUGUUCAUUCGUUUUAGGCAUGCGCAUAAACGGAAUUUUCUCCCACAAUUGUAAUGUUCAAGAUUAGGGAAUAAAAGCUGGCAAAGUGAUUGUUCGAAUGUGUACGGGACGUUGUCGUCAGAUACUGUCCAUAGUUGUGCCGAUGAUUUUCGAUGAGGUACAGCUCUCCAAUCAGAGGUAAUGAGGUACGCUUUUGUCUUCUAAAUUUCCCUCAUCAAGCAUGCAGGGGAAAAUUAGAAGACAAAGAAAUCCUUUGUUUUCAACUAAAUUUACCGGGGAAAUUUAGAAGACAAAGCGUAUGCAUGGGUAAUGAGGUAAAUUAGUUGAUAAUCGUACCUCGCGAGACAAAGGAUUUCGAGGCAACUAUGAUAUUACUUACAUUAUAGUACAGUAGCUUACACUACCUUAGUUUACAUUUACACCAAUACUUAACCAUUUAUUACCUACUGGUUGCUUAAUGGUAUUUUUUAUGGUUAUUACUAAGAAACUGAUCAAUCCAAUGAUGAAGACGGCCUCCCAGACAAACCAGAAUACGAUGAAGAAACUAAAAAACUUAUUGAAG